UUAUUAUUCAUCCUAAUAUUCACCCAUCAUUCCCUCUUCCUGGUCGGCUUCAGCCCUGGUCCUUCCCUUUCUCACUCUAUCUCCUGUGACUAACUUUUGUGGUCCACUUGUGUAUCUCAGUACUUAUUAAUAUUCAGCCCAUUCCUCCGCUGUCACAUAACUUUUUCAAAACACAAAUUAGCACCCCUACAUUUUCCCUUCCCACUUGCCUUCUUCCCUUUCUCCAGUUUGCUUUCUUCCUCUGCAGUAGUCUACCUUUGCCCCACUGCAGUUUGCCUUCCUCUUGACUCCUCCUCCCAGCAGCCCCAGCCCUAAGAGUCCCCCUUUGGUCCCUUACUCCUCACCCAGUCUCUCUCCCAUCUAAUACUUGUCUCUAUUCUCCUCUGACCCCAACUCUCUUCUUUGUCCCCUUCCAAUUCUCUCCCAGUAGUUGCUUCACUCUUUCUUCCCAGGCGCUUUCUCCAAUUUCAACCUCCGCUCACGCCGAUCUCUGCCCUCUCCGGUUCUCUCUUGCCUUUGCCUCCCGCUCUUCCCUCCUUCUUCUUCCUCCGGCCCUCCCCCUCCCUCCCAGCUUCCCAGCCUGGCUCGCUGCCUCCCUCGCCUCUUGUCUCAUCUUGCCUGUGUUGUCUGGGAGGGGAGCCCUGCCUCCUCUCCCUCGCUCAGAUCAAUGCCCUGGCCACUCACUUUCUGAUGUUGCACGACGGGAAAUGCUUUGAAUACUUACGACAUGGCCGCUCACACUGAUUGCCAAGAUUGACAGCACUAACCAUCGCCUUCACUUGUUUCAAGGGGGAAGCCCCUAGUCACCCCGCUCUGCGCGCACCUCCUGGCACCCCGGCAGCAAACUUCUGCGGGUCAGCGCUCCCCCCGCCCGGGGCGGGACACCCCCGCAGACUUGAGUUAACGGGUUGUGCCGGCCGCAGCGCUGGGGGGUUCUGCUCCCUUGCUCCCCGGGCUAUGCUAAUUGACCUAGCAUCGACUCCCCUUCCUUAAUUUUUUUUUUUAUUUGUAUCUUUCCCUUUUUCUUUAAUGCCGUUUACUCCCGCGGCGCAGCGCACAAGGAGCCCUCCCGUGCGGUACCAUCCUGGAGCCCGCCCAGAAGAAUGUCUUCCAAGCAAGCCACCUCUCCAUUUGCCUGUGCAGCUGAUGGAGAGGAAACGAUGACCCAAGAUUUGACCUCAAGGGAAAAGGAAGAGGGCGGUGAUCAGCAUGUGGCCUCCCAUCUGCCUCUGCACCCCAUAAUGCACAACAAACCUCACUCUGAGGAGCUCCCAACACUUGUCAAUACUAUUCAACAGGAUGCUGACUGGGACAGCGUUCUGUCGUCUCAGCAAAGAAUGGAGUCAGAGAAUAAUAAGUUAUGUUCCCUGUAUUCCUUCCGAAAUACCUCUACCUCACCACAUAAGCCUGACGAAGGGAGUCGGGACCGCGAGAUAAUGACCAGUGUUACUUUUGGAACCCCAGAACGCCGCAAAGGGAGCCUUGCCGAUGUGGUGGACACACUGAAACAGAAGAAGCUUGAGGAAAUGACUCGGACAGAACAAGAGGAUUCCUCCUGCAUGGAAAAACUACUUUCAAAAGAUUGGAAGGAAAAAAUGGAAAGACUAAAUACCAGUGAACUUCUUGGAGAAAUUAAAGGUACACCUGAGAGCCUGGCAGAAAAAGAACGGCAGCUCUCUACUAUGAUUACCCAGCUGAUCAGUUUACGGGAGCAGCUCCUGGCAGCGCAUGAUGAACAGAAGAAACUGGCAGCCUCACAAAUUGAGAAACAACGGCAGCAAAUGGACCUUGCUCGCCAACAGCAAGAACAGAUUGCAAGACAACAGCAGCAACUUCUGCAGCAGCAGCACAAAAUUAAUCUCCUGCAGCAACAGAUCCAGCAGGUUCAGGGUCACAUGCCUCCGCUCAUGAUCCCAAUUUUUCCACAUGACCAGCGGACCCUGGCAGCAGCUGCUGCCGCCCAGCAGGGCUUCCUCUUCCCCCCUGGAAUAACAUACAAACCAGGUGAUAACUACCCUGUACAGUUCAUUUCAUCAACAAUGGCAGCUGCUGCUACUUCUGGACUCAGCCCUUUACAGCUCCAGAAGGGUCAUGUCUCCCACCCACAAAUUAACCCAAGGCUAAAGGGCCUAAGUGACCGUUUUGGCAGGAGUUUGGACACCUUUGAACAUGGUGGUGGCCACUCUUACAACCACAAACAGAUUGAGCAGCUCUAUGCAGCUCAGCUGGCCAGCAUGCAGGUGUCACCUGGAACAAAGAUGCCAUCGGCUCCACAGCCACCAAACACAGCAGGGGCAGUCUCACCUACCGGGAUAAAAAAUGAAAAGAGAGGGACCAGCCCUGUAACUCAAGUUAAGGAUGAAGCAGCAGCACAGCCGCUAAAUCUCUCUUCCCGACCCAAGACAGCGGAGCCUGUGAAGUCCCCAACAUCUCCCACCCAGAGCCUCUUCCCAGCCAGCAAAACCAGCCCCGUUAAUCUGCCUAACAAAAGCAGCAUCCCCAGCCCCAUCGGAGGAAGCUUGGGAAGAGGAUCCUCUUUAGAUAUCCUGUCCAGUCUCAACUCCCCUGCCCUGUUUGGAGAUCAGGACACAGUGAUGAAAGCCAUUCAGGAGGCUCGGAAGAUGCGAGAGCAGAUCCAGCGGGAGCAACAGCAGCAACAGCCGCAUGGUGUUGAUGGGAAACUGUCCUCCAUGAAUAAUAUGGGGCUGAACAACUGCAGGAAUGAAAAGGAAAGAACACGCUUUGAGAAUCUGGGGCCCCAGUUAACAGGAAAGUCGAGUGAAGAUGGGAAGCUGGGCCCAGGUGUCAUCGAUCUUACGCGGCCGGAAGAUGCAGAGGGAAGCAAAGCAAUGAAUGGCUCUGCAGCUAAACUACAGCAGUAUUAUUGUUGGCCAACAGGAGGCGCCACUGUGGCUGAAGCACGAGUCUACAGGGAUGCCCGCAGCAGGGCCAGCAGCGAGCCACACAUCAAGCGACCAAUGAAUGCUUUCAUGGUUUGGGCGAAGGAUGAGAGGAGGAAAAUCCUUCAGGCCUUCCCCGACAUGCAUAACUCCAACAUUAGCAAAAUCUUAGGGUCUCGCUGGAAAUCCAUGUCCAACCAAGAGAAGCAACCUUAUUAUGAAGAGCAGGCCCGGCUAAGCAAGAUCCACUUAGAGAAGUACCCGAACUAUAAAUACAAACCUCGACCGAAACGCACCUGCAUUGUUGAUGGCAAAAAGCUCCGAAUCGGGGAGUACAAGCAGCUGAUGAGGUCUCGGAGGCAGGAGAUGAGGCAGUUCUUUACCGUGGGGCAGCAGCCUCAGAUUCCAAUCACCACAGGAACAGGCGUUGUGUAUCCUGGUGCUAUCACUAUGGCAACAACCACACCGUCACCUCAGAUGACAUCUGACUGCUCUAGCACCUCGGCCAGCCCAGAGCCCAGCCUCCCUGUCAUCCAGAGCACUUAUGGUAUGAAGACAGACGGCGGGAGCCUCGCUGGAAAUGAAAUGAUUAAUGGAGAAGAUGAAAUGGAAAUGUAUGACGACUAUGAAGAUGAUCCCAAAUCAGACUAUAGCAGUGAAAAUGAAGCCCCUGAAGCUGUCAGUGCCAACUGAGGAGUGUUUGUUUGCUGAAUUAAAAUACUUUGACAUUUCACCUCCCCUCCCCCAACAAAAAGUUCUUAAAGAGCCCGCAUGCAUUUGUGGCUCCACAAUGACAUCAGCAGAAUGGUCUUAAUUGUUUCGUAAAGUGUGAGACAGAUUCAGUUUUCCCGGAUUUUUCAUGAACUUGAGUUUUUGUCGUUAUUGUUAUUGUUGUUGUUGUUGUUUUUUUAAUUUAGGUGAAGACAUAUUAAAUAUGAGACACCAGGACUUGAAAACUUAUCUCAACCCAUAGCUGUCUUACAAGUCUUAUAUUUUUGUCUUACUUUUUUUUUUUCCUUUUGGAUGUUGAUAAAGGUUUAAGUUACUGUUUUAGAUGGGGUUAAACAUUCUCACUCAGGUAUGCUGUGCCGGCCUACAGGUUGUGAAUGUGUUUUUAUUCUGAAUUAUUGGAGAGAACAACUGAGGAUUUCAUAUUGUGAAACAGAAAAGUCCACAGCGUGUGCAGCUGCAUGUAGAGCAUAUUCAAAAGGCCUCGGAAUUCCAUUUUUCCACGUGUAGAGUUAAACUCUGAAUGUGCCAAACUUUUCUCAGAACUCUUGAAUCUUCAUAUUUUGGAAGUCUUAAAGGAGACACUGCGAAGUCUUAGACAAUCUUUGGCAUCUUAAAAUAAAUUAGCAAACCACACAUUUUUUUUUUCCAGAAAAUGGUAAAGUACUCAGGAAUCUGGAGACAAGAUAUUGUAAGGAACGAACAAGGUUGCCACAGUGCACGUACCCAAUCGUGUUUGCCUCUUGACGUGCCAUCAGUGCGUGAUGCGCCGCGACGAGCGCGCCCCAGAGCAUUCACCACACCAGAUACCCAUGCGGUGGUCUUCUCUCCCUGAGACCACCUCUCACUACAUCCAUUAUCCCUUCGCCUUUUAACCCUGACAUUCAGUCUUAACACAUUUUCUCUUAAAUAAUUUAUUCAUUCCAGAAUGUCAAGGGUCCACUUACUAUUUAUUUGAAAAAAAAAUGUUGGUGGCAUUAAUUUAAUAAUUCUUGUUUUUCACCCUCCUUCCCUGAAGAUCUUUUCAGCCCCUUUCACCUCCUUCUCCUGCUACAUACAAAAGGUGUACAUAGUGAUUUUAUGUCCCCAGAGCAUCUGGAAACAUUUCUGAAACAAGAUUCUGUUAAAUACUUAUAUUGUUUUCAAACAUAAGUGUCUAUCUGGCUGGAGGGCUGUGUAUUUGGAUACAGGUGUAGAGUCUUACACUUCAACAGGUCUGCCCCUGAGGUUCUCUGGGACCUCAAGUCUUUCGCCAGACUUCCCCUCUAAUACAGUCUAGCAACAGUGGUAGGAUCUGCAUCAGUGGCAUUUCCUCUAAAUGCCCUUCGGCAGCAAGGGGCAGCAGUGGUGACUGCCAGGCAGGAGGGUCCACAGCCAAGACGAAAGCCCAAGGUUGUGGGCCACAGAGGAGGCCACAGCGAUGCUGUCAUGGGCUGGCAUCUCCACUCCGAGCUGCCUUAGCCCUUCUGGCACGCCUAGGGAGUUUUGGUUUUUGUUUCUCUUUUGUUUUGUUUUGUUUUUGCAAAAUCCCCAGGAUGAAGGAAGCCACAUGACAGCCUCAAGGCAAAGAUAGAGGCAAAUAGUCAAGAUACAUCCAGAGAAUGAAAGAAAACCAUAGGGAAGGAGAAGGAGGGGAGAUACAUUCCCUGUAGGGGAUGUUCCUACUGUUAACUCUGGGGAACGGAUGACUCCUGGGGCGGCCGCUGAGCUCCUCUGGCUCCCUCCCUCCAUCGGUGGCCACAUGGGUUGGGGGGCAGGGCAUGCCUCCCUGUGAACACGAUUAACAGCACUGGACACAGGAGGAUUUCUCUGGAGAUGUGCUGGUGGGCAGGGAGGCAGUGAGGUUUCAUUCCCCUCUCCUACCAUUGGAAGCUCAGCUAUGCCAUUUUGACCUUCCUGAAACCAGGACUGACUGCCUAUGGCGGGGGAGGGAGCCUCGCCCGGAGUGGUUCAGUGGGAAAAUGUCAGUUAAUGGGACAGUUCACCUCAUGGGACAACCCAGAAUCUGAUCACCAGGACAUAGGAACGGCCCCAUCAGAUUUCUUGAGCCAUUUUGUCACUUGGAAGAAAAUAGUGUACCUUCAUAUUUAUUUAAGGAGUGCUCAAGGCCAUACCUAAUAGCAAUAAAUAGGUCUAGCCAAGAUGUUACUGGCUGUGUCAUUAGCUGCGAGUGCUCUCCAUAAGCUGAUUAAGGUACUGAUAGGAAUGUUUUGUUUGUAGUAUUGGUUGGGGAUUGGAACUUUGUUUUUGUACAUUUAUUUUAAAUGAGGAGGAGGCCAUUUUUUUCCUCAAAAAUGAAUAUUUAUUAUUGUCUUACUGAUUUUUUUUUUUGAUUAUAUACCUCUCCUCCUCACUUCAUACUCGUGUUUUUUUUUCUCUUUCUCUUUGACUCAGCUUUUGCUCUCUCCUCCUUUUUUUAUUUUGCCGCAUAGGUAGAUUGCUAUAUGGCUAGCAUUGUAUUGUAUGUAAUUAAUUUUGCACAAAGGCAAACAUUUAGAACAGUAGGUUAAUUUUGUUUGUUUUUAUGACCAUGCCAAAAUAAUAUUCUGGGCUGGUGGAGAACAAAGGACUGUUCUUUAGGACUGAAACUUGAUUUUGCUUAUAGUUAAAAAAAAAAAAAAGAAAAGAAAAAAAAAGAAAGAAAGAAAAAAAACAAAAAACACACACACUCACAGAUGUUGUUUCGUAAGUGUUAUAAGCACUGGAUAUAAAUGGUAUUUUUUAUCACUUCUGACUAAUGUGAAACUGUUGUACGAAAACGACAUGAACAAAAGUCAUCUGUUUCGACUCGUGUGGGCUUGCCUCACAGUUGCCGGAUUUGAGUCAUUUUUAUGUCUUGUUAUUUCAUUUAUUUAUGCAAAAUACAUGUGUGUAUGAACACUUUGUUUUAGCUCCAGCUCUGCCUCGGUACUGGGGUGCAGUUACUCCUAGCCAUGUUCUUAAAAGUGAAAGGCUAUUCAGGAAUGAUCUGAUUGUAAACGUCUCUUUCAUUGGGUCAAACAGUGAUGCUGUAUUUGAAUCUAAAUUCUGCGCGUAAGCAGUUUAUUUAUUAGCCAAGUGUGGCUCUAAAUAUCCACGGAAAUUAAGAAUGACAAUCAUAGGGAUCACUUCAUUUUCUUUUCAGUGGGGCUUAAACAAAGUUCUUAUGACUUUACCAUCUCAUUUUAGAUUUUUCUAAUUGUGUAAAUAUAACAUAGAAAUAGAAUUUAUUUUUGGUUCAUGAGUACUUAGUGAGAUAUAAGUUAUGUAUUUCCUUUUCGUUCUCUAUCCGUAUAUGUUGGUCCAGACUAGAAGUUGACAAGUCACUGUACCUCAUGGGAAUAGUGAAUUAGCAGCCGCAGUGAGAGAGCAGUGUUCCACCUGUCGCUGGGGCAGUCAAACCCUUCUCCCGGGUUCCCGUGCAGUUUGGAACCCACUGUCCACAGACUCAGAAUUUUACUUACUUGUUUAUUCUAGAAACUCGAAGAAUUGAGCAUCCUAAAUUUCCAGUACAGCUGGGGGGAGAGUCAAUUUGCUUUUGUUAGUCUGCCUAAAUCUUAUAACGGAGUUCUGUGACCAUUUAAUAGCAAGAAGCGUGAAUGCCAUUCUACAGGCAAACAUCUGCCUCUGAGAUUGACCGUUAAUAAAAGUCCUGCCGUGCCAAUUAGAUUAAAGAGUGCUCAUCAACUGUUUCCUGGGCCUCCUAUUUCACAGUAUCUUCAAAUCAAAAACAGAUCAUCUCCAUGUUGCUAAAAAAAAAAAAUUUACAGGAUCAGGAUUUUUCCUCGUCACUUAGAAUAGGGACACUGGCCCACGAUCCUCUCCUAAAAAAUGGACCAUAUGGGGGAGGAAGGAAGGAAGGAAAGAAAAGAAGGAAAGGAAGAAAAGAAGGGAG